CUAGGGACCCGGACCCCUGCGAGCCCGCCACCGUUCUCUCCAGCGCCGCCGCCACCACCGCAGCAGCCGGAGCAGCAUGGUCCAGCUGGGAAAGCUGCUCCGCGUCCUGACUUUGAUGAAGUUCCCCUGCUGCGUGCUCGAGGUGCUCCUGUGCGCGCUGGCGGCGGCGGCGCGCGGCCAGGAGAUGUACGCCCCGCACUCCAUCCGGAUCGAGGGGGACGUCACCCUCGGGGGGCUGUUCCCGGUGCACGCGAAGGGUCCCAGCGGAGUGCCCUGCGGCGACAUCAAGAGGGAGAAUGGGAUCCACAGGCUGGAAGCGAUGCUCUACGCGCUGGACCAGAUCAACAGCGAUCCCAACCUGCUGCCCAACGUGACGCUGGGCGCGCGGAUCCUGGACACUUGUUCCAGGGACACUUAUGCGCUCGAACAGUCGCUCACUUUCGUCCAGGCGCUCAUCCAGAAAGACACCUCCGACGUGCGCUGCACCAACGGCGAGCCUCCGGUUUUCGUCAAGCCGGAGAAAGUAGUUGGAGUGAUUGGGGCUUCGGGGAGUUCGGUCUCCAUCAUGGUAGCCAACAUCCUGAGGCUUUUCCAGAUCCCCCAGAUUAGUUAUGCAUCAACGGCACCCGAGUUAAGUGAUGACCGGCGCUAUGACUUCUUCUCUCGUGUGGUCCCACCCGAUUCCUUCCAAGCCCAGGCCAUGGUAGACAUUGUAAAGGCUCUAGGUUGGAAUUACGUGUCUACUCUCGCCUCUGAAGGAAGUUAUGGAGAGAAAGGUGUGGAAUCCUUCACGCAGAUUUCCAAAGAGGCAGACAAGAAGGCUAAUGCAGUUGGCCUGCCACAUUUACCUGCAAAGCUAAGUGGGCUCUGCAUUGCCCAGUCCGUGAGAAUCCCCCAAGAGCGCAAAGACAGGACCAUUGACUUUGAUAGAAUCAUCAAACAGCUCCUGGACACCCCCAACUCCAGGGCCGUCGUGAUUUUUGCCAACGAUGAGGACAUAAAGCAGAUCCUUGCAGCAGCCAAAAGAGCUGACCAAGUGGGCCAUUUUCUCUGGGUGGGAUCAGACAGCUGGGGAUCCAAAAUAAACCCACUGCACCAGCAUGAAGAUAUUGCAGAAGGAGCCAUCACCAUUCAGCCCAAGCGAGCGACUGUGGAAGGGUUUGAUGCCUAUUUUACGUCCCGCACGCUUGAAAACAACAGAAGAAAUGUAUGGUUUGCUGAAUACUGGGAGGAAAACUUCAACUGCAAGUUGACGAUUAGUGGGUCAAAGAAAGAAGACACAGACCGCAAAUGCACAGGACAGGAGAGAAUUGGAAAAGAUUCCAACUAUGAGCAGGAGGGUAAAGUUCAGUUCGUGAUUGACGCCGUGUACGCAAUGGCUCACGCCCUACAUCACAUGAACAAGGACCUCUGUGCUGACUACCGGGGUGUCUGUCCGGAGAUGGAGCAAGCUGGGGGCAAGAAGUUGCUGAAGUAUAUUCGCAACGUGAAUUUCAAUGGCAGUGCGGGCACGCCAGUAAUGUUUAACAAGAACGGGGACGCACCUGGGCGUUAUGACAUCUUUCAGUACCAGGCCACAAACACCACCAACCCUGGUUACCGUCUGAUUGGACAGUGGACAGAUGAACUGCAGCUCAAUAUAGAGGACAUGCAGUGGGGUAAAGGUGUCCGUGAGAUCCCCCGGUCGGUGUGCACGCUGCCGUGCAAGCCCGGGCAAAGGAAGAAGACGCAGAAGGGAACGCCUUGCUGCUGGACCUGUGAGCCUUGUGACGGCUACCAGUACCAGUUUGACGAGGUGACCUGCCAGCACUGCCCCUACGACCAGCGGCCCAACGAAAACCGAACCGGCUGCCAGGAUAUCCCCAUCAUCAAGCUGGAGUGGCACUCGCCCUGGGCCGUCAUCCCUGUCUUCCUGGCAAUGUUGGGGAUCGUCGCCACCAUAUUUGUCAUGGCCACUUUCAUCCGCUACAAUGACACCCCCAUCGUCCGGGCAUCCGGGCGGGAACUGAGCUACGUUCUGUUGACGGGCAUCUUCCUUUGCUACAUCAUCACUUUCCUGAUGAUAGCCAAGCCCGACGUGGCGGUGUGCUCCUUCCGGAGAGUGUUCUUGGGCUUGGGCAUGUGCAUCAGUUACGCCGCCCUCUUGACGAAAACCAAUCGGAUUUAUCGCAUAUUUGAACAGGGCAAGAAAUCGGUGACUGCUCCCAGACUCAUAAGCCCAACGUCACAGCUGGCCAUCACUUCCAGUUUAAUAUCAGUUCAGCUUCUAGGGGUUUUCAUUUGGUUUGGUGUUGACCCACCCAACAUCAUCAUAGACUACGACGAGCAUAAGACGAUGAACCCUGAGCAGGCCAGGGGAGUCCUCAAAUGUGACAUCACUGAUCUCCAGAUCAUAUGCUCCUUGGGCUACAGCAUUCUUCUCAUGGUCACGUGUACCGUGUAUGCCAUCAAGACUCGGGGUGUCCCAGAGAAUUUUAACGAAGCCAAGCCCAUUGGAUUCACUAUGUACACGACAUGUAUAGUAUGGCUGGCCUUCAUUCCAAUUUUUUUUGGCACCGCUCAGUCUGCGGAAAAGCUCUACAUACAAACCACCACGCUCACAAUCUCCAUGAACCUAAGUGCGUCAGUGGCGCUGGGGAUGCUGUACAUGCCGAAAGUGUACAUCAUCAUUUUCCACCCUGAACUCAAUGUCCAGAAACGGAAGCGAAGCUUCAAGGCGGUAGUCACAGCAGCCACCAUGUCAUCGCGGCUGUCACACAAACCCAGUGACAGACCCAACGGUGAGGCAAAGACAGAGCUCUGUGAGAACGUAGACCCAAACAUACACAGGUCCAGAAAAAAUACCUAACACACCACCGAAGAGGAGUUUGGUCCCAUGAAAGAGCAGAUGUGAGAGACUGGGUUAAGGAUGAAAUGCCAGAUGUGGUGUAGCACAUGGCACAUCUGCAACCCCUGGGUAACCUUUAGUAACCCCUGCAAAUGACCACAGAAGAGAUGGACAUACAGACACUACUUUGUUUAAAAAAAAAGACCAUUUAACCAGAGUUAAAUUCACAGAAUUCCCAUUUCCUAAUUUUACUAACACUGUGAUGGUAAGAGUCCAUUUCAUAUUACACCUGUAACUUCUAGGGUUGUUUUUCCAGGAAGUCUUGACCAGUUCCAUAUAGAACGAGGCAGAUGGAUGUGUUCCUAAUACUUCUCUCAGAGGAGAGGAGGAUUCAGGCUGUCCAUGAAAGUCAUUCAAGACUUAUUAUUGUUCAGUUAUGAGCUGAUUUUGUUGUAGCCAAAGGGUUAUUGCCAAGCAGAAAGUAGUUCCUAUUCUAAAUACUCAGAGGUAACCCUUUAUCCUCUUCAACCAAGAGAUUUUUAAAAACCAGCAAAGAACUGAGUUUGACCCUGACAACGACUAUACAGAGAUCUAUGAUGUUGGCCCACCUCCAUUUCUAAACAGUUGGUUGAAUGAAUUCAUGAACACCUGACAGGAUACAGACAAGGCCCAUUAACAACAUCACGGGCAAGGUGAGAGGAAGGAGAAGCGUCAGACCGAGAGAGGGGAGAAACAGAAUGCACGUAAAGGCUCUGUUCUCGUGUCUUCCGGACAAACGGUCCGCCGAGAGGAGGGGGAGUGGACGGCGAGCUGCGUGAUACUCAGUGUGGUGCAGGGGGAGGCUUCGGGUGAGACAGACCUGGGUUCAAAUCCAAGCCACUCCACUCACCAGCUGUGUGGCUGUUAGAAUCAUUGAGCUUUGCUAAAGCUCAGCAUUUGCACAUGUAAAAUGGAGGUCCGUAAUACUGGUGUCAUAAGUGUGUCAGAAAAUAGCCUGCAUCUGGAAAAGAGUGUGUCAAUGAAAUGUUAAUUUUCUCCCACUUCUGAAAAGGCAAAAAGCUUUCCUAAAAGUAAAUUUCACUGUGACUGGUUACAAAGAUAUGACGGUGUAGUCAGUCACACCAAACACCAUGAGGUGGAUGGCAGUGACCAACAAAAACAUUUCCAUGAACAUAUUUCUGCAUCUAUUUAUAUGUAAUAACUACACCUACAUAGUUAUACUUCUGCAGUGUUUUAUUCUCAGACCCCUUGUCAGAUUAGCAUUUCACAAAACCCUUACCCGGAAGACAUUCCAACGGCAAGUUUACAUUUAUAGUCAUUCACACACACACACACACACGUGUGCAAACUGAACUAGAUAUGCCCAAAACCAGAAAAGCAGAAAAUACAGUCAAAAGUCUAUAUGUAUUAGGAAAAAAAAAAGACCAAAUUAGAAGUUUUGAAUUUGGGUAACUCACCUAAUAUUAUGCUGCUUAAAAACACCUAGUUUUCAAACCAUUGUUACUAGUGUUAACCUUAAUUGAGUAGGAUACAGUGAUGGCUGUUAAAAUGCUAACACUGACAGUAAUAAAAACGCAUCAGCUACCCUUUGAAGCAGGCACUGAACAGCACGCUUCGGCUGGAAGACCUCGCUUCCUCCUCACGAGAACUCUGUAGACAGGUGACCGUGAGUCUCGCUUUACCGAAGGAGCCUAGGCUUAGGGAGAUCAAGUCCAUCGCCAAGGCCCCACCCUCCUUAGCAGCAGAGCUUGGACUGAUACCCAGGUCUGACUCCCAAACCCAUGCUUGUUGCUCUUUGCUGCUCUGUUUCUCAGAACGUGUGUGACAUGUCAUAAUUCUGAUGCAGACCUGACCCUUUCGGCUACAGCUUGCGUAGAAAGACAACGAUGACGCGUGGUGGCAGCCUCGGGGUUAAAUGUGCUGUGAAAUGCGUUGUUGCUUUGCUGUGUUGUCUGCAGAGGCAGGAGUAACCUGAGCUCAAAGAAGGCUGCCCAGGUAGAGGCCUCAUCUUACCAACUCGAAAAUCCAAAUCUCUUAUUGCUGGUGUCAGUCAUGACACUUACUCCAUUUGGAAUUCAUUGGGUGCCUUUCCCUUGAAAAAUGUUUUCUUGGGUUUUGUCACUGUUGACGUUUUGGUGUCUACACAGACCAAAAGUAAAUAGUUCAAGGCAAAAAAAUGAAAUCAAAUAGAGCCUUUGUCUCACAACCAAUCCAAAAAAAUUUUUUGAUGAUUUUAGCUAUUUUGGUUUUGGGUAGUAGACACUCCCUAAAACUAACCAUGGAUAAUUUGCCGAGAUACUUGCUAAACCAGAGGAGGAGAUUCACGUACCUCCAAACAUUGGGGUUUCUGAUGACCCAGCUCUCAGAGGUCCCUGAGAGGGAUCACAAGACCUCAUCUGCACAAAAUCUGUCCAAAAGAACUUUCUGCAGUGAGGGAAAUGUCCUCUAUCUCUGCUGUCCAGCACAGUCACCGCUAGUCACGUGUGGCGACUCAGCACCUGACAUAUGGCUACGUAACUGAGGAAAAACACUUGUAACGUUACCGCCAUUUAAAUAAACUGAAACAGCCAUCCAUGGCUGUCUGCUGUGUUGAGAACACAGCUGGAGAUCUUAAUGGCAAGGAUUUCACUCUGGGACACUCAGUCUGAGCCCAUAUCGGAAGUACCUCCCAAGGCCUAGGCAGUACUGCUGAUCAGGGACAGAGCUAACGUCACGGAACGAGGUAUUUGAGGUGAGACAAAAGCGCAAACAUACAGUAAUUGUAAAUGACCCAAAAGGAGUCGCCAAUAGGGGGAGAGCGGUAUCACAGACAGCAAUUCUGCUUGGAAACCCAGUCCCUAGCAAUGCAGAAAGGACUGUUUGUAGAGAAAGAACAGCAAUAAGAAAUUCAAUUAAUGGAAACAGACAAGACUGUUCUGAUGAGAGGGAACAUCAGUAUUAUAGUCAAUUUGGUACCAAAUAUGGCUCAGAUUAGGUCAACUGUUUGAACUUUGAUAACAGAGACCAAGACAUUAUUUGCUGAAACUAAGUUGUCUGGUUAAAAAGAAACAAACAAAAUCACAGAGCAUGUACCUGAAAAAGGAAUCUGUUUUUCCAGAGGGGAAGUUCUGUCUGCUGUUCUCUGAGGCAGGGUAUCUGGGAGGAAGCUAUGUAGAGUCUGAGCUACCAAGUUAAUAAUGGGACAGAAGCACCCCCAUGUUCAUUGUCGCUCUCAGCACUUAGCCUCACUGUACUUCAGUCUUCAGUGUGUCCAUUUGUAACAGCCCUGCUCCAUCUCUGCAGCUGGCCAUCUGCCUCAUGCUCGCUUCUGCUCAUCCAACUCCAGGCUGCAAUUCAUGUCUACACAGGAACGAAGGUGCCUGUUGGCUUCCUAUGGGCAGGAAUUACAAGUGCCCCGUACUGCUGGAUUUUUC